AUGCAAAAACUUCGUACAAAUUACGCACGUGUUACAUUUUCAUCAACCGAAAGAAUUAAACUCUUUGCAAUACAUCAAGAAUCAUCACAAACUCUUACUGAUUUUGAAAAUUCUCUUCGAGAUAAAUCAGUAACAUGUAAGUUUCCAAAUGAUUUUUAUGAAGAUGCUUUAAUUACAGCAUUCGUUGGUGGUUUAAAAAAUGAACAUGUUCGAAAACAUUUGAUGCAGCAAAAUUUAGAAACAUUUGAACAAACACUUAAUACAGCACGAAUAUUUGAAUCAGUUCUUAUUCAAGGUGCUAAUGUCAAAGAUGAUUCAUCAGAAGAAACAUCUGUUAUGGCAAUUGAAAAACAUAAUAAACAAAAUAAGAACGUUCAUCCCAAGUCGAUUUGUCAUAUUGCUAAAGUUUGUCGUUCACAAAUAACUUCAAACAACUACAAGGUGAAUACAAUAUUUUCUGUAACACAUGAACAAGUUACAGGUGACCAUCCAAUACGAAUUCUUAUUCAAACUGAUCGUUUACAAGUUCAAUUCGAAUUAGAUACAGGUUCUCCUGUCACGGUUAUUAAUGGUCAUACAUGGAACAAGAUGGGAAAACCAGAUCUACAACCUGUUAAAUCAACCUACAACAGUUUUUCAGGUCAUUCUAUUCGUUUGAAGGGAGAGAAGAUGGUCAAGGUGAAAUAUAGUGGUCAAAGUACUCAAUUACAACUUUUAGUUCGUGAUGGACAUCGGAAUAAUAUUCUCGGUCGUAAUUGGAUUAACGCUCUACAGUUAAACAAAAUACCACUAGGGAAGAUAGGUAUUAAAAGCCGUCAUGUUAAUGUCAAUCAUGAAAUGAAAAAGUUAAAGAACAUGAUGAUUUAUUACAGCAACAUCUUCAAAGAUACUAGCUGGAAUUUGAAACAACAGUUAAAAGAUGUUCAAGAUUUAUUACGUUCGAUCAUCAUCACUACAUCGAACAAGGAACAUUCUUUUAAUCAAGACAAGGUUUACAUUGAUGAUUUUCAUGGUGCUUUAACUAAGGUCAAAUCAACACCAGAAAAUCUUAUUUAUCGAAAUGAUAAUCAGAUUCAAAGUUCUCAAUGGUUAGAUAAUAAAGAUGUUAUUAUUGAUGAUAAUGUGAAGUCGCAACUAGAACAUGAGACAUGUUCAGCAAUACCACAACAUCAUUCAUCUGAUCAGGACACACGAACAUUUCAACGUUCUUCAGGACAUAAAAAAAAGAAGUGA